GAUUCUCCAUUCACGAAUUGGAUCUUAGGGGAGUGCACAAAGUAAAACAUGGAGGGGCAAUAGCAUCUCACUUCAAAAUCUGACCUUCCCCGCUUCACCACCAGCCGUCCGAUCUUCCUCCAAAUCAAUGGCUCACAUUCGCCCCCGAAUUAACUCAAAGUUGCAGUCUUGAUCUUCCCUCUCUUUCCAUUUCUCCUUUAGCUGCAACUCAAGUCUGUAUCAUAUCAAUCCCCCAACUUUCCGGGAAAAUUUCAUAACUUUCGUGCAUUUUGAGCAGUCACUCAAACCGGGUUGGAGAAAAAACCGUCAGGGCAUGCUUGGAUAACGAGAAAAUUUAGAAUGCCAGUGUCAACCAGGUCUCAAAUCAACAACCAAGAGCAAAGUGUUCCAAACAAAGAACAAAGAACAAGACCUAGCUCAGAUCAAGAAGAGACCCAGGCGAGAGUUCCAUUGAGAAACCCUCAUCAUGGCUUGAAAGAGAAGAUGAGAGCUUUGACUCUCUUAUAUGAGCAGCAAAAGAAAGCUUCUUCAGCUCUUAGGAACCUCUCCCCCAAACCUGAAGAGAAGCGUUUUUCCACACAUCCAAGUGUGGAUCUCCUCAGUUCUUGCAAGAAAAAUGAGAAGGCUUUUAAAGAAACAAAAGAUUAUAAGCAAGAAAAUGUAAUGAGAGAGAAUACAAUGCCUAUGGUGCCUACAUUACAUAAUGAGAAGCUUAAUUCUACAGUAACAAGAACCUUUGUAUUGCCACAGCCACCUGCGGAAGAUGCUAAAGAGAAUCUUGUAAUGGGUCCUGAUCGUGUUAUUGGGUUCUCUUCAUGUGCAAGAAAGGCUAACGUUUCAACUACGGUGGCAAGGAGGCUGUCGAUGGGAGUUUCAGUGGCACAAACAGAACCAAAAGGUUUCCUUGGGAAAGAAAAUGUGAGAGAAAUGGAAAAAUUAGAGGCUGUUUCAGAGAAAAAUGAGGCUACUGGAAGCCGCAUUUUGGUGUUUGUGAGGCUUAGGCCUAUGUUCAAGAAGGAAAGAGAGGCUGGUUUGCGCUGCUGUGUGAAGAUUGUGAAUAGAAAAGAUGUGUAUUUGACUGAGUUUGCUAAUGAGAAUGAUUAUCUUAGACUUAAAAGGCUUUGUGGACGCCAUUUCACCUUUGAUGCUUCGUUUUCAGAUUCAACUUCUCAACAGGAAGUUUAUUCUACAACGACAGCAGAGCUUGUGGAAGCAGUGUUGCAAGGAAGGAAUGGAUCAGUAUUUUGCUAUGGUGCCACAGGUGCAGGGAAAACAUAUACAAUGCUUGGGACAGUGGAGAAUCCUGGAGUAAUGGUUUUGGCAAUAAAGGAUCUUUUCACCAAGAUUAGACAGAGGAGCUAUGAUGGAAACCAUAUGGUUCAUCUUUCAUAUCUUGAAGUUUAUAAUGAAACUGUUAGAGAUCUGCUCUCUCCUGGAAGGCCUCUAGUGCUUAGAGAAGAUAAGCAGGGAAUUGUAGCAGCAGGCCUGACACAGUACAGAGCUUAUUCUACAGAUGAAGUAAUGGCAUUACUUCAAAGAGGAAACCAAAAUCGAACAACCGAACCAACCCGAGCCAACGAAACCUCUUCAAGAUCACAUGCUAUUCUGCAGGUUGUUGUUGAAUACCAAGUUAAGGAUGCUUCAAUGAAUGUGAUCAACAGAGUAGGAAAGCUCUCACUCAUUGAUCUUGCUGGUUCAGAAAGAGCCUUAGCAACUGAUCAAAGAACUCUUAGAUCUCUUGAGGGUGCCAAUAUAAAUAGGUCACUUCUUGCAUUAAGCAGCUGUAUUAAUGCCCUUGUUGAGGGUAAGAAACAUAUCCCAUACAGAAACUCAAAGCUCACUCAACUUCUCAAAGACUCAUUAGGAGGAGCUUGCAACACUGUAAUGAUUGCAAAUAUCAGUCCAAGCAAUCUCUCAUUUGGUGAAACUCAAAACACACUCCAUUGGGCCGAUCGAGCCAAGAAAAUCCGAACCAAGGCCUAUGAAGCAAAUGUGGAAAUACAACAUCUGCCAGAAUCUGAAACUGAUCUUGCCAGUUUAUUGCUUGAAGUGCAAAAAGAGAAUCGUGAAUUGAGAGUACAAUUAGCUCGCCAGCAACAAAAGCUGCUAACCCUCCAAGCACAAUCACUGGCUGCAAAUGCCUCGCCAACUCCUUCAUCAAUUUCCUCUCUCUUAACUCCUCCCACUGCACAACCAAAUGAAAAAAGAAAAACAAGGCCAUCAUUUCUAGCUAGAAACUGUUUCACACCAGAAUCCAGGAAAAAGGGAGAAAAUGAAACAGUUAAGGAGCUUCAGCAAACUGUGAAGACAUUAGAGGCAGAGAUUGAGAGAAUGAAGAAAGAUCAUGCAUUGCAGAUGAAACAGAAAGAUGAACGUAUUCGUGAGCUUAGUAGAAAGAGUGACAAACCAUUAGGAGGAGUUUCAAAGAGAGUGGUUCCUGGCAGGGGUAACUUGGGAGCAAAGGAAUCAAACCUUGGUGAAUUGAAGAGUACGAGUCAGCGGUUCAAGUCGCCAGUUCCAACUGCGAAGAAACGAAGCUUUUGGGACAUAACAACAGCUAAUAGCCCAUCUGUGGCUACACUAAAUGGAAGAAAAACAAGAAGUCAUAUAAUUGCAGAACCUUCUGCAGCUCCUUCCAUGCUUCUUCAGCCAGGUUUUUCUCGUCAAGUACAUGACCCUCUGAAGUAGGAGAUCAUUACACAAGAAGACAGAAACUGAACAGAAACAGAUUUAAACGACAGGUGGUGAUUGAAAGAAUUGAAAUAAAAGUUUCUAUCAGGUGUUGUUUUCUGGUUUCUGCUUGAGCUGGUGGUUCCACUCUGAAGAAAUGCUAUGGUUCAUAGGUGGUGAUCAUAGUUUCCUGUAAUUGUUUGUUGUGAUCAACAAAGCCUUAACAGAAGAAAUUGUAUUGCAAAUUAUUAUUAUUUUUUUACCAAAAAUUGAUUUUCUUCCAUUCA